GUGAGAAAUGUCACAAUAUUUUCACCAUUGUGUUGUCCAUCAACACAACAAUAUUUUAGUAGGUGCGCGAAUUUAUUUUUUUCGUUAAAUUCUUAGUUUUCAUUCCAUUUUCGUAAACGAUUUAAUUUUAAACAAACAAAGAAAUGGCUCAAGAUCGAUUCGAUUUAAGUUUAGUGCAUAAAAAGUUUUCGGAGUCGUUGCACGAAAUCAAUGACAAUGAUAUUUACGUGGACACCUACCUGGAAGGCUUCACCGAACUGAACAAGUUCUUCUCACUAAUGGGCACCGUAUUCGGCUUUGUCAGCAGCGACGUAAAGUCGAAAAUUGAAAUCUUAGAAGAAUUCCGUAGAAAAGAAAAUAACGAAAAAUUUGCCACAUUCAGUUCGAUGUUGAACUACGAAAAGACAACUGGUUUGCUCAAUAAAAGUGAUUAUGUGUCUGGCAGCCGGACAUUGCUUCGACUACAUAGAGGACUAGAUUUCAUUCGAGAAUUUCUGUUUAAUUUGGGCAAAUUGAAUCCAUCCGAGAAGACUAGCACGGUGUGCCAAGCCGCCUACACUCAAACACUUGCUCAAUAUCAUCCCUGGUUAGUUCGCAAAGGUGCCAUGGUGGCCAUGUACACAAUGCCGACGAGAGAUCAAUUGCUGAACAAAGUUUGCUUGGACGUUGAAAGGGCAAUCGAAUUGCUACCCGAAAUGCUCGAAACGACUAGGAAUGUGUACGAUCGGACUCAGCAAUUGUUUACGGAUUUCGAUCUGCAUGGACUGCCCUAGUAAAACGACAAUUCUUAGCGCGAAAAUGGAAUACAAAUGUGAUCGGCUUGGUAUCGCAAACCGGAAUGCACCGAAAGGCUGAACCACCAAAAGAUCUUGAUUCGUUUUAUUGCUUUCGUUGACGAGGCACAGUCUUUGGUUGGCCAGUUAUUUAGUUGGCUCUUUCAGUGCAUUCGGUUCGCUAAACCAAGUCAUGAAACGUGUUUGACGAA